AUGCUACAAUAUGGACUGGUGAUUGCGCAGGUCAGGCAAUACAGGGCUAUCGCUCAGGGCAUUGAGCAGAAUCACAACAUCUCGACUGCAGCACCAGCUUCAAACUGCGAGGUCCCAGAACCAGCCUCAGACAUCGAGAAGGGGAGCGCCAAAUCAAGAGAGGAAGACGAAGGACAAGGACAAGGACAAGACCACACCGAACCUCUUCCUCUGUCCUGGACACCCAACGAUCCUCACAAUCCUCAGAAUUGGUCAUACACCCGCAAAUGGAUGUACACAUUCAUAGUGUGCAUGACCAACUUCAUCACUUCUGGAGCAGCCUCCUUCGACACCGAAGUCGUGCCCCAAGCAAUGCAGACCUACAACCUCCACGGAACAUCCGGCGAACAAGUGGCUCUGCUGGCGACGACGCUGUAUAUGGUGAUGUUCGGAUUGGGGACACCCAUUGCGGCGCCGUUGAGUGAGACGUUUGGACGUAGAAAUCCAGUCUACAUUUUCUCGCUCGUGGGGAUGGCCUGCUUCUCGCUCGGCAGUGCUGCCGCUCCAAAUGCACAGACGUGGAUCGUCUGUCGAGCAUUCAUGGGGUUUUUCGGUAGUCCUCCGGCGGUUACAUUCGGGGGGACGUCUGCCGACAUGUGGUCUCCAAAAGAGCGAACGUACAUCUUCCCGGUGCUGUCUUCCUUUGUCUUCCUCGGCCCAUUCAUUUCGCCCACAGUCGCCGACUUCAUUGCCACGAGCCCGUUGGUCGAUUGGCAUUGGACGAGCUGGUUGACGGCGAUCUUGGCAGGUGCUUUGGCGGUGACGAUUGCAGUGUUCGUGCCGGAGACGUGCAGUCCUGUUUUACUUGCCUAUCGAGCGCAAUGUGUCCGUCGAGGCAGUGGUCAGCAAAAGGGCUCUCCGGGGAGUGUGAAAACAUCAUCAUUGUUAACAAAACUCCGCAACUCAAUGCUCACUCCGUGGACUCUCCUCAUCACAGAACCGAUGCUCACCCUCUUCACCCUCUACCUCUCCAUCAUCUACAGCGUACUCUUCGGUCUCCUCCCCGGCUUCACCUACAUCUUCGGCAAAGACGGGUACUACAACUUCUCGCAAACCGGCGUCGGCCUCUGCUUCCUCGCCAUCGAUGUUGGCUUUCUUGCCGCUCUGCCCAUCGUAUUCUGGGUGUACCCGAGGUAUUUGAAAAAGCUGAAGGAGGGUGGCGGGAAGGUUGCCCCUGAGGAGAGGCUUUGGUAUGCGAUUAUCGGAGGCCCUCUUCUUCCCAUCAGCAUCUUCUGGCUCGCCUGGACGCCACCCUCUGGUGUCUCUUUCUGGUGUCCCCUCGUUGCCAGUGGGGUGUUCGGCAUCGCCAGCCUGACCAUCUUCAUCUCCAUCUAUCAGUACACUAUCGAUGCUUACGAGCGGGUGUGUGCCAGCGCGCUGGUGGGCAUGACUAUUUCGAGGUAUAUUGUUGGAGCGAUGAUGGUCCAUGCCGCUAUCCCGAUGAUUCAGCACAUGGGACUUCCCAAAGCCUUGACGGUCUGGGGUGCCCUCGCGGCUGUGAUGGCACCUGUACCAAUGCUGUUUUACUGGAAGGGGCAUGUCUUCCGCGCGAUGAGCAAGAGGGCGACGGAUAUGGGGGCAUAG